UAUAAAGAUGAAAAUUAUUUUUCUACUUGGUUUAAUUCUCCUUCCAAUUCUACAGGCUGGCAGUAUACAGCACAGACAUCUAGUUGAUCUACUCGAAAUCCAGAAAUAUAUGCUGAAUCUGAUUUGUCCAGGGGUUGGACUGAGGAUGUGUACACCACAGGACGAUGAGUACAAAUCUUUAGAAGAAGAGAGCAACAUAACAAUGUUUAGACAAGUUAAAGACGAAUCGCAUACUUCAACGGACGAGUCCGUGAAUGACGACUUAUAUACGAAAAGUGUUGGGUCGGACGACAGUGCGAAGAACGAUUCUGUGACGCACGACUCAGCAAUGGACGGUUCUGGGUCGGACGACGCUGCAACGAACGAUACCACAGCUUUCAAUUCUACGACUAACGAUUCUGCAGAGUUUAAUUCUGGGUCGGACGAAAGCUCUGAUAAGGGACGAAUUGUUGGAGGAAGCAGUGUAGAGAAGGGAAACUAUCCUUUCAUGGCAUCUCUUAGAUACAGAGUAGCAGGAUAUAAUCGUCCUCCCAGGUAUCAACAUUACUGUGGUGGAGCUAUUAUUACUGAGAGAACUAUUGUAACUGCAGCUCACUGUGUUCUGGAAGCUAAUCUGAAAGAUCUGGUGAUAUCUGUGGGCGAUCAUGAUCUCAGAGAUACCGCUGAUGAAGAAAUUAUCGUGAAGGCGAGCAGAAUCAUUAUUCAUCCUAGAUACAACUAUUACAAUUUCGAUAAUGAUAUAGCUGUGGUCCAUCUAGAAGAAAGAAUAAUGUCGGGCCCACAUCUCAGUAAAAUAAACCUUAUGUCAACAGAAUAUAAUCUGGAGAAAGUUCCUGAUGUGAAAUUGACAGUAAUGGGUUGGGGAGCUUUAAGUGAAGGAGGUCCGACCCCCUUCCUUCUGACCGCUGUGCAGGUUCCAUACGUCAGGAUUGAACACUGCCGUCAACAUAUGUCACCGUAUAUGAUUUCCGAGGGAAUGUUCUGUGCUGGAGAUAUAUACGAUGGCGGAGUUGAUUCCUGUCAGGGGGAUAGUGGUGGUCCUAUUGUUUAUUCUGUGGAAGACUACAGCAUAAAGGCCAGCAAGAGGAAGAUGUUUUUGAACUUGGAUAUGUUCGGGAAAGGCAAGGAGGAGGAAAGAAAAGAAGAUGAAAAUGAAGAAAUUGUAAAAGAAGAAGAAGAGGAAGAAAUGAUUGAAGAUAGUUUGGAAGUAGAGAAGGAAUAUGUUCUAGCUGGUCUAGUCAGCUGGGGGUAUAGCUACGCUGAACCUGGAUAUGCUGGAGUGUACAAUAAUAUUUCGUAUUUUCUAGGAAUAUGUUCUAGCUGCUCUAGUCAACUGGACUGUGCUGAACCUGGAUAUGCUGAAGUGUACAAUAAUAUUUCGUAUAUUCUAGGAAUAUGUUCUAGCUGGGCUGGUCAGCUGGAGGGAAUAUGUUCUAGCUGGGCUGCUAACGCUGAACCUGGAUAUGCUGGAGUUUACACUAAUGUUGCGUAUUUUCUAGGAAUAUGUUCUAGCUGGGCUGGUCAUCUGGGGGUAGGCUGUGCUGCACCUGGAUAUGCUGGAGUGUACACUGAUAUUGCGUAUUUUCUAGGAAUAUGUUCUAGCUGGACUGGUCAGCUGGGGGGUAGGCUGUGCUGA